AUUUUGUUGUUAAUAAGGGUCUACUAAUUCUGGAGGAGGAACUGGUUAUGUACCUUCCCUUGUUACUAAAUAAAGACGCACUAUUAACAGUAAAUGUGUUAUUUCAGGUGAAAUCAGAACGUAAAGGCAAGGGUUUGUAUACAUACUGGCAGAGAGUAAUUGAGGAAUUUGGAAGAGUGACAAAGGAAAACAGUCAACCACAAACAAAAAAGAAGCCUUUUGAAGUAAUUUCUUUGCCAUCAGUUUCAAAUUCAUGCACUAAAUCCACAGAACUACGGAUUCCCGAUGAAAUUGUAAAUUGGAUAGAAUUUGAACAAGAAGUGCUAGCAUGGCAACCGAAGGUAGAUAAGGAAUACCAAAAACCAACAUUUAGCCAGCGUCGUACAGUCACGUGUGAAAAAGAUAUAUGUACAGCAUCAGAUAUAAACAUAUAUGAGACUUUAACUCCACUUGAUCGAUCAAUCCUUUUCUUGGAUAGUCGUGCUUUGGAAAGCAUUGUCGGUCAACCAGAUUUUAUAAUAGUUAAUAGCAACAUGGUACUACUCAUGAUUUGGGAAUGCAAAACUAAGUGGGUUUUAAAAGUACUUCCCCAUGAAGAUAUUAUCGCAUUAUAUGUACAGGAAAAAGAGACUAAAGAAGGACCAUAUGUUCGUUCUAAUAAUGAUUCUUCAAUAUUUGGUUCCAUAAAUCAAGUUUACAGCUAUAUAUGUGCUAAUAGUUUAAAGUACUAAUGGCGUUCUGUCAACAUACGAUCAAACUU